UGAUAAAAUAUAUAAACUAUUGAAAUCGGUGUAUUUAAAAGAAUGGACGCAGCGGCAUUAUUUGUGCAGUCACAAACGGUAAAAAAUUUACCAAACAAAUGUUGCAAAGACCAAAAGCAAACUAGUUCUUGUGAUUAUACAAAAAUAUCAGGAAUUUUAAUAUUUGUACGGGAGGAACAUGCCGCUUACAAAUACACCGUUUAUCGAUGCGCCUCUAAAAUUAUAAGCCUUCAAAAACUUUUGUUUACUUCAAAUAUACCCUACAAAAUUGUGCAAGCGUUAUUGGGGCGAUAUAACAUACUGGACGUAGAUGCUAAUUUUAUGGUACCUCCGUUCCAGCUGACAACGUUUAUUCAUGAUCUCUACUAUGCUUGUGAAACAUUAGGACAUUUCAAUAAAUCCACAACAUAUCGUAUUGAAAAGGCAACAAGUGUGUUAGCGACUUUCUUUUGGAAUUUAUUUGAUCCGAAUCGACGUCAUUCCAUUUCUGUUUUAGAAAUAAAAGUUAUGUUUUUGUUACUUUCAAAACAUAUUGGAUUACUUGAUUGGAGUGAAGAAUUUUAUAAUUUGCUGCAUGAUCCUAAGACUAAGUGUGUUUCAAAGAAAAACUUCGAGUAUUUGCUGAAUAUUUUGACGAAAAUGUUCAGCUACAUCGGUGAGGAGCUUGCUUAUGGUGCUCAAAAUAAAACCAUAAUAAUGGAACAGUGCUUUGAGAAGUUACAGAAUUCGUAUGGCUUAACUGAGGUACAAUUCAAAAACUUAUGGCAUGAUAAUCGCACAAAGUUUAGCAUUUUUGCAAAUCUGAUAAGUUUAAUUAAACGCAUGCAAGACACUGAAAAAAUUACACAUAACAAAAACUGUGCUGCCUGCAAUAUUCAAAUAAUCGGUAUACGCUUCAAAUGUAGAUCGUGCCACGAUUUGUCCCUUUGUUUAUCCUGUUUCGCAAAGGGUUACGUAAAAGGAAAACAUAACGUAGGACAUCGUCUGACCGAAGUAUUCAAAGAGGAUGAAUCGCCCAAGCGUAUCUCUUCUUUCUUUGCUUCAAUUUGCAAUUUUUUUAAAAUGAAGAAACAAAGCAAUGAAGAAUCUAAAGGCUUUUGUAAUACAGACGAAUCUACCAGUGUUGAUGAAACGGAACUGGAAAUAAUAGCAUCUGAUCACACAGUAAAAAGUGAAACAAUGACCACAGUUGUUGAAGUCAAAACGGAUGCAAUUGAAACUUCGAUUGCUGGACUUUCAACUAGCGCUUCAACUGCAUCAAAUGUUUCGGAACAUCUGCAGUCUAUCAUCGAUAGGCUAUUGCAGCAGAACUCCAAAUUGGAAAAACAAAUUAAAAUUGUGAAAACUGCGACGAAUGAGGAAAUUUCCGAUUUUCUGCAAUCGCAUCAAAAUUUUCUGAUUGGAAUCAUAAAUGAAAUGCGUAGGUUUUCGGUAGGAAAAGAACUUAAUUUAAUUGUUUUUAUUAAUAUAUAUACUAAAAUGUAUAUAAUCUGCUUUCAGCAAAUAUCGAAGUCAUUGAGUUCAUAUCCCACGUCGAGCACGCCGAAUCGAUCCCAUUCUGACAAAGCUCAUAUGCAAAACGUAGCAGCCGCAGUGGACAACUUUAGUGUUAUGGGAAGCAAUCUAACACAUUCGAUUAAUGGCGCCGACUUGAAUCGAAGUUAUUUGGAAGCGAACAAAUCGGAUGCUUCAGUUAACGAUGUGAGUACGUGGUUUAAUCAGCGUAGAUCUUCGGUUUUAAUACCGAACACUACCAUCACAGAUUGUUGUGUGGAAACUGUUCCAGAAAUUAGUUCAAAACCUAAGGGAAAUGGAACGGAAACAGAUGAUGAAUUCGAAAUUGUUGACUUGCGUGACACCGAUAUGAUUAAUUUCAAGCUGUUAUUGAAUAAAGUUAAAGAGAUUGUCGAGGACUCUUUUAGUGAUAAUACUGAACUAGCAGCAGCAACACAAAAUUUGGAGAAUGUGCUGGAUAAUAUCGUAAAGAAUGAGGAGAAGCGUAGAAGCAGCACUUAAUGUAGCAAGUCGA